UUUAUAGGUGUAUUCGAAUCAUGUGACAGCUUAUCAAAAGAUUACAAAGAAAAAGCGCUAACACUAUUAAAAAAAUAUCGACCAAUUGAAGAUAACACACAAAUGACAGUUGCACAAAAGUUACCAUUUAUUGAAGAAUGGUGGCAACAAAGUGAACUUUUGUUGAAAGGCCUGUGUUUCCAGUAUGAAGAUAUUAAAAAGUCUAUCGAAAAAGCUGACCUUCAUCUUAGAGAUGGUUGUGCUGAAGCUUUUAACAAAUUAUACAACAAAAAAAUACCUACCAUUGUUUUAUCUGCUGGCAUUGGUGAUGUCGUUGAACUCAUACUUAUGCAUGAAAAUUUGCUAACUGAUAAUGUAACAGUUGUAUCAAAUUUUUUAAAAAUGUCUAAAGACAAUAAUGGCUUAUCUACAAUUGAAGGGUUUAAAGGAGAAAAACUUAUACAUGUGUUUAACAAAAAUGAACAUGCAUACAUUGAUACACAUCAAAAUGAUACGCAUUUAAGUGGAAGGUCCAAUGUUAUCCUUUUAGGUGAUUCAUUAGGAGAUGCAAACAUGGAUGGUGGUAUUCCAUAUGAUACUGUACUACGUAUAGGAUUUUUGAACGCCAAUUUGAUGGAACACGAUGAUGGUUAUUUGCAACAAUAUAAACUUGCUUUUGACAUAGUUUUAGUUCAAGAUCAAACGAUGGGAUUGCUAAAUUAUGUGUUGGAUGAAAUAAUCGGAGAAAUAUCAACACCAUCAAAUAAAAGAUAAUAUGAAGAUACAACAAAGUGGCUAUUACUAAUACUAAAAAAUCAAAUUACAUGUAUAUUAUUUACAUUUUACAUAUUUAUAAAAUACAAUAACUAAUCUGU